GAGAGAGAGAGAGAGAGAGAGAGAGAGAGAUUUGAUGGCUGUUUUACAUGGGUUGAUUUUCUAGAAUUUGAAUUUUCCAAGAAGAAAAUCUGAUAGUUCGUUGAAGAUUCAUGGAAAUGGAGGAUGUAUGAAUAUUGUAGUCGAAGCUUCUUCUUUUUCCCGAAAGAUUGGAAAUAUAUGAUUUUUUUCGUUCUUCUUCUUAACGAAAUGUAUUGUUUAAAAUUGCGUCAUAAGACCGGAUCAUGGCGAGCUUUAACUACAAGGGUCAUUUUGUUUUUGAGUUUUGGAGCUUUUGGAGGUUGGUUUGAUGCAAUCUGUUUUCAGGGAUUUGGUGGUUUUAGUUGAAGAUUUCAUGUAGAUGGAGGAUGUGUAUGUAAAUGUUGGGAAUGAAAUGAUGUUCUGAAUCAUUGGGAGUAAGUGGAAAAAUUGGAUUGUUAUGGUUUCCCUUUUGGAGGUUAGUUUUGCUGAGAUUUGUUUUCCAGAUUGGUUUGGUGAUUUUCCGGACAUGUAGUAUUUGUGGGUAAAUGUUGGUCUGGAUUGUUGGGAAUAUGUGGAGCAAUUGGGUUGUUUUUGAAGAAGUGAUGUGUAUUUCAUAAAAUUAUCAUCCCAUCUGAAUAGGCCACGGGGAAGAUUAAAAUCACGUGCCUUGUUUUUUACCUUUUUUUCGGGCGGUCGGUUUUGGUGAUGCAGUUUAGUGAGGUUGCAUUGGAAGUCCUGCUUUAUUCACUGCCCAUUUGAUGAACUGAUACGGGCUGUAGAGAUCAUAUUUGGAUUUUAGGCAGUUCAUCUGAAAUUUGAAAGUUCUGGGAAAUCAAAUUGUUUGUAGUCCUUGAAAGCAAAUUAGAAGUUCAGCUGCUGGCUGGAGAUUACAAGAACUGUGGCAUUGACAAAAUGAGCUAUUUGGGUUAUUGAAAUUUUAUAUGAGGUGUCUAAUUCAGGGAGACCGGAAAUCAGAUUCCUGUGGGAUUUGGAGCAGUUUCUUGAGUUGCAAUGAAGUGUAAGAUUGAAUCUUUUUAGCUUAUAUGUUUGAAUUCAAGAAUUAUCAGUCACUUUUAAGAAAUUCAUAUUCAUUUUAGAAAUACAAAUUCUCUGUUCUGAGCCAUAUAGCUAUUAAACAAAAUGCUUGGAUUUUCAUGUGCCUUCCGAAAGAGGGCAUUGGAAAGCAUUGGAGUGACAAUUUUAGAAAGGGUCUCUUCUCCCAUUUCAGAAGAGAUCAUCAGUUUUGGGCCUUUCAAUUCAAACACCCAAAAGAGAUGGAAGAAACCAGUUGUCACAGCACAAACACGCCUAGAGGAUAGAACAAGAGAUCUCAAGCUCGAUAAACUGAUGGGUCAUUUUAAGAGAUUGAAGAUUGUCCUGACAUUGGUGGAGCUGAUGUGGAACCGUAGGGGCCCCUACGUAUCUGUCCAACUAAUCUCGAAAUGGAGGAAUAUAGUUGGAGUGAAUAUAGGAAUGGGUGUUUUCCUCCGAAAGUAUCCUCACAUCUUUGAGAUAUACACCCACCCCACUAGAAGAAAUCUUUGUUGCAGACUAACCCAAAAGAUGGUAGACUUGAUCAAAGAGGAAGCUUUGGUGAUUAAGGAAUCUGAAGCGAUGGCUGUCCAGCGUUUGAAAAAGCUUCUUAUGAUUUCGACUGGUGGGAUGCUGCACAUCCAUGCACUAUGGCUGAUAAGGAGAGAACUUGGGUUGCCUGAGGAUUUCAGACAUUCGAUCCUUCCUAAGUAUACGGAUAUCUUUACCUUAGUAAAUCCUGAGAUUGUUGCAUUGGUUUCAAGAGAUGAAAGUCUAGCCAUUGCUGAUGUAGAAAAAUGGAGAGAGAAAGAAUAUAGAGAAAAGUGGUUGAGCGAGUUUGAAACAAAGUAUGCUUUCCCAAUUCAAUUCCCAACUGGAUAUAAGAUUGAGAAAGGAUUUCGAGAAAAGCUGAAGAACUGGCAAAGGCUACCUUACUUGAAGCCUUAUGAGAAAACGGAGGUCGUGCGGGUCCGUUCUUGCGGUGUGGUUGAACGCUUUGAGAAGCGUGCGGUUGGUAUUCUCCAUGAAUUUCUAAGCUUAACUGUGGAGAAGAUGGUUGAGGUAGAGCGGUUAUCUCACUUCCGGAGGGACUUCAGCAUGGAAGUAAAUGUUCGGGAGCUUCUUCUAAAACACCCAGGAAUUUUCUAUAUAUCGACCAAAGGCAACACCCAAACAGUGUUUCUUAGAGAAGCAUAUAGCAAAGGUUGCUUGAUGGAGCCAAAUCCGCUUUAUGUGGUUCGUAGGAAAGUGCUUGACCUUCUCUUGCUUGGCAGUCGAAACAGCCGAGAAUUGCGGCCUCUGGAGGACUUACCAGAAAGGGACGCCAAUCUAGUCUGUGAUGAGGAAAGGUGUGGCCAACCUGAUGGGGAUUGGGUAAUUCCCAUUUUAGAAGGUGCUUCUGAAAGUUGGAGUGAUGCUUAUCAGGCGUCCGAGGAGGAUAAUAAUGUGAAAUUUGAUGAUGGUGGAAUUCACGAUGAUUACAUCAAAUGGUAAGAACAUUAGCCAUAUGAUAUGUAAUUAAGGAUUAGGAUAUUCGAAUCUGGAAGACUUUUAGGACACCCCUCAUCCACUGAGGGGCUGAUCAGAUCAAUCGUCUGGAGCACAAAACCUUGGACAGAACAGGUGAAUUGGGACAGUUAUAACAUCAGGACCAGAUAAUGCCUCAACGCUGAGACCGUUGCCUCAAUUUUCUAAAACUCACUGAUGCAUCUGCUGAGAUCAGAUUGUAGGAUGUCGGGAUUUUGCAUGAAUCUGGUGAAUACAGUUGAAUCAUUCCUCUUCUUGAUCAAGGCCUCGCAUGUCGUAACGGCUCUCCACUGCGCAGUCAUUUACAAGAGAUUUCUGUUUUCUAGAAUAUGGUUCUGAUGCUUAGGAUCAAGCGAGCUCAUCCCUAUCAUUUGGGUGCAAUCCUUCACGAACCUGUUUCCACCAGCUCGACUUCUCUGAGCAGAUGAUUCAAUGCUGGCUAUAUGAUGAUUCUCCCAUCGAGGGGAGUUUUGGGCAUGGUCCAUCCAUGGUGGGAUGCAAUGGAUUGGUGAUCAGGCUUUCUGAAGCAUGGGCCCCACUCUCAGAAUUGAGAAUCCGUGAUGCUAUCCAAGGCCUUGGGUUUUGUGUAAUCCUAUAAUUCCUCUUUCAGGUCAUAGUGUGGUUGGUUUUAAUCUUAUUGUUUCCUAACCGUCAUCAUCUUUCUGGCAUUUCUUUUCACUACUAUUCAUGUAUAAUCAUUGCUUGCAUUGGGCAUUCUACUGGCAUAGGAAAGACCGAAAAGAAAUGCUAAUGCUACUCACGUUCUUAUCUAGGGUGGAGGCUUUUGCAGAAAGAAGUAGAAGAGGAGAGGAGAAGAGCAGAGCAGAGAGGAGGCUUUAAGAAUUGAUCAAAGAAGAAAUCAAUGAAGAGGAUGGCCUUCACUUCUUGCCUUCUAUCUUGAUCGCAACGGCCGUAUUCUGGUCAAAACAUUCUCUUCCCACCAAAGUGAUGAGGAUCAUCUUGAGUUUAAAAUUGCAAGGGCCUGUUUGGAUGUACCCUCCAGAAGGGCGUUUGAGGCCUAAAAGCCAUUUUUGACCCAGAUGGGAGUUGAUCUUGGGCGUUUUGAUGCACUUUAUGAAACCCUGUCUCAUCUUUGACAAGGUAAGCGAUAAGAUGAUGACUAGGCAAAAACCAAUGGAUCAUUUUGUUUUUGAGUUUUGGAGGUGGGUUUUGCUAGAAUUUCUAUUUUGAACUGGUUUUGGUGAUGUUUCUAUGAUGAUUUCAUGGAGAUUGAGAUUGUAUGAGUAUUGGAAUCAGACUGCAUUUUUAUUUUUAUUUGUAGAAUGUUAGAAAUAUAUAGAGUAAAUUGGCUCUCUUUGAAUGUA